CAAACCAAAAUUUCGAGUUCACAGAAAAGACCUCAAAGACAGUCCCGGAUAAGCUUCCAACUAAAUUCUUGUAGUUUGUACUCAAUUAUAUAAUGCUGAUGUAUUUACUACCGAUAAUUUUGGUAAAUAUUCAAUAAUAAUUAUCGCCAAAAGAGAAAAAACAAUAUAAAGAUAAGAGAUUGGAGUACAGAGGAUCGAUACGCAAUAUAAACCAAUUAGUUCAGUCCAAUCUAGUCACAAACAGAAGAAACAACAUCGGGCACGAUAAGGAAUCGACUGUUUUUCGUAUCAGUUUAACCUUUCGAAAUUUUGAUCUUUAUGUUGUGCGCCGGCCAGUGCGAGAGUCCACUUCGUCCAGGUUUGUCUGAAAUUUUGGAAACGAUGUCGAGCAAAUUGUUAAAAAUUGGGUUCAUCGGAGGCGGCAAGAUGGCACAAGCCAUGGCUAAAGGGUUUAUAUCUGCCGGCUUAGCAAAAGGAGAAACUAUAAUAUCCAGUUGCCACCCCACCGAUCUUGUUAGUCUGCAAGCUUUUAAGGAUCUUGGAGCCGAAUCAAUAACCGAGAAUCUCCCAGUGGUGCAAAAGUCUGAAGUUGUCAUUGUUGCCGUGAAGCCGUAUAUAGUUCCUAUAGCUUUAGCUGAUGUGAAGAAGUCAGGAGUGGAUGCUGAUAAGUUGUUUCUGUCUGUUGCGAUGGGUGUCACCACUAAGCAAUUAGAACAGCUGCUGCCAAAACAGGCCAGGGUGAUCCGAGUGAUGCCCAAUACGCCGGCCUUGGUUCAAAGUGGUGCCUCGGUGUUCGUGAAGGGUGCUGCGGCAACCGACCGUGACGUUAACAUCACCAAAAAGCUUCUUCAGAGUAUCGGAAUCUGCGAGGAGGUUUCGGAGGCUUGGAUGGACGCCGUGACAGCAUUGAGUGGAUCUGGACCAGCAUACGUUUACAUUUUUAUUGAAGCCUUAGCCGAUGGCGGUGUCAAAAUGGGCCUACCCAGAGACCUAGCUUACAGACUAGCUUCUCAAACUGUCCUGGGUGCCGGUAAAAUGGUACGGGACACCAGGCAACAUCCCGGAGUACUUAAAGACGACGUUACGUCACCAGGAGGAUCUACGGCCACUGGACUGCAUUUCCUCGAGCAAAGCAGUUUUAGAAGUGCUGUGAUUGGUGCUGUAGAAGCAGCCGCGAAAAGGUGUAAGGAGGUAGCUCAAGGUGGUCACUAAAACACCCGAAAAUCUCGUGUAAAUAAGCAAAUUUUUAUACACUUGUCCAGUUGUCUGAAAAAUUGUUGUUGACUGUUAUUUAUAUACAUUUUAUGUUUUGUUUUGUGUAGGACAUAUACGUAGAUAUUUUUUAAAUGGAUUUAUAUAAAUUUUGUAUUAUAUUCAA